GAAGAUUUAUAUCAUAAAAACCAGGAAGAUAGAAAACAGAGAGGCUACAACAACAGGCCCCUAGGCCAGAUACAAAGAGUCACUAUGGACUAACAAAGAAACAGCUAUGAUUAUCACUGACUUGAUAUCCACUGUGCAGAUCCACGUGAUGACCUCAGUGGAAUGGAUGUUGCAAGAAAGAUUGAGAGCUUGUACCCUGAAGUAAUGGGAUCAAAUGUAAUGUCUGUUGAAGACUUCCUAGACAAUGUGUUGUUAUUGCUUGACAAAGAUAUCCAAGAGAGGGUUAAUAAGGCUUCUUUAAAUGGGAAUGUGCUGCAUUAUGUCUUUGUGAUCGAGGAAUCAAGAUGUGAAGUUGGAAUUCAAGAGCUUCCUAAGGAUUCUCCAUUGGGAAGACUGAGAGGAAGUGACAAUGUGGUCUACUUGCUUUUUUUGUAACUUGGAU